GAUAGGUCUAUUUUAUGUUUUAUCCGUGCUUCAGUGUACAAUUAUCUAUUUUUUAGUUUAUUCAUUUUUUGGUUGGGUGUUUUAAUAUAUUAAUAAGUAACAAUUUCCAGACAUAAUUAUAGCAAUGUCCUAUUCCUUAAUGUCGUGGGGUGCUAAUUCUCACGGCCAACUUGGACAAGGAAUUGAGUCGGAAGAGUGUGUUUUACCAUGUGAAGUUGAUUUAUCAAAGUGCUCCCUAGAACCGAAAAAAAUAAAAAAAAUAGUUGGCGGUGCUGGUCACACGUUAAUUUUAGAUGAUACCGGUCGCGUUUAUUCUUGCGGUUGGAACAAUAAAGGACAAGUAGGCUUUCCGACGAAGGAUAGUAUUUUAUCAUUUCGAGAAUUAAAUGAAAAAUUGAAGAAUAAGGUUAUCGUGGAUAUAGCGUGCGGCUGGGAUUGUUCCGCUGCGUUAACAAUAGAAGGCACUUUACUCCUGUGGGGCUCGAAUCGUUUCGGUCAAUUAGGAAAACAUCCGAACAGUCUUCAAUGGACACACGAACCCUUCGAAGUUGUAACUGGUCGAAAAAUUAAAGGAAUUUCAAUGGGUUUAAGACACACUGCCCUACUAACAGAAGAUUGUAAAAUUUUAGUAGCAGGAACAGGUAGCAAAGGGCAGUUAGGAUUAAGCUUCUCGAAUAGUAAGGGAUCUUUAAAUGCAGCAUAUAGUUUUACAGAAGUUUUAACGUUAUCGGACAUCGAGAGCGUCAGUUGUGGUCAAUACCAUACAAUCGCGGUAGCGAAAGAUGGAAAUAUUUAUGCAUUUGGUGAUAAUAAAUACGGGCAAUUAGGAUUAAAUACAGAUGCAUGUCCAAAAACAUUCAUUCCAAUAAAACUAUCGGAUGUUCAGUUUAAAUUGCCAAUUAAUAUGUACAGUGGUUGGUCGCAUGUAAUUGUAUUAAAUGAUAAUAACAUUUUUGGUUGGGGCCGAAAUACAUAUGGGCAGUUAGGUAUUAUAAAACUCGAAAAGCCAUCAAUUUGGAAAGCUACGCGGAUCGAAAAUCUUCCGAAAGUGCAUCGAGUUUCUGCUGGCUCAGAACAUAAUGUUGCAUUAACUGAGAAUGGGGAAAUUUUAUGUUGGGGUUGGAACGAACACGGAAAUUGUGGAAAUGGUCAUACGAAAGAUGUAAAAUUUCCGGAACAACUGGUCCUGCCCUACAAUUACACAGGAAUUCUUAUCGGAAGUGGCGCAGCUCAUUCAUUUGCAUUAAAGGUAAGCAAAAGCCAGGUAGAUCGAUGAGAGUAUAUACAUACUCAAAAGUCGACCUCACCUGUAGGGAUAAUGCACCACCUGCCAGUAGUAAACUAUCGGUGGGGUAUCCAUACGGACGUAGCAAUGGAACCUUCCAUAUGAAGAUCGAUUGAUUCAAAUAAAAAAAAAGUUGCGAAAUGAUAUAGAACAAAAUGUUACGUUCAAGAUCUCAAAGCAGCAUUUGG